UGAGGGGGGGCAGGGCCGCCUCCCCUUUCCCCCCGGCCCGGCUGCCCCCAGCCCAGCCAUGAUGUUCCGGGACCAGGUGGGGAUCGUGGCCGGCUGGUUCCGGGGCUGGAGCGAGUGCGAGCAGACGGUGGCACUGCUGGCGCUGCUCAAGCGCGUCACCCGCACCCAGGCGCGCUUCCUGCAGCUCUGCCUCGAGCACUCGCUGGCCGACUGCCCCGACAUCCACCUGCUUGAGGCCGAGGCCAACAGCGCCGCUGCCAUCUCUCAGUGGCCGCAGGAGCCGGCCGAGGCGGCGGUGGCCCUGCUGCUGGCCCACCUGCCGCUGCUGCAGCCGGGCAACGCGGCCGCCAAGGCCGAGUACAUGAAGCGGCUGCAGAAGGUGCUGGCGGACGCCAUCGAGAGCAAUCGCUGCGUGGAGGAGUCGCGGCAGCUGCUGUCCUACGCCCUCAUCCACCCGGCCACCACCGCCGACGACCGCAGCGCGCUGGCCCUGUGGCUCGGCCACCUGGAGGAGCGGCUGGCCCCGGCCGGCCCCGCCCCGGCCGCGCCCCCGCAGCGCCGGCCCCCCGCCCACGAGUGGCCCCCCGAGCCCCCCGAGCCCGGGGGCAGCGGGACAGCGGGAGCGGGGGCGUGGGCAGAGCAGCACCCCCCGGGCACGGCCCCCCGGGAGAACGGGCACCCCCCGUUCCAGCCCCCUGCAGCCCUGCCGUGCCAGCUGCACCCCAGCCCCCUGAAGCGCUCGCUGGCGCUGGUGCCCGGCAGUCCCCAGCCCGGCCCGGGCGGUGACUGGGGGGGGUCGGGGGGACCCGAGGACCCCCCCACGGCACCCCGAGGGCCCCCCCCGGCGUUCGGGGACCACGCGCCGCUGUCCCCGCAGAGCAGCGUGGCCUCGUCGGGCAGCGAGCACACCGAGGAGCCCGGCGGGCGCAACUCCUUCCAGGAGGACGGCAGCGGCAUGAAGGAUGUCCCCUCGUGGCUGAAGAGCCUGCGGCUGCACAAGUACGCGGCGCUGUUCGCGCAGAUGAGCUACGAGGAGAUGAUGACGCUGACCGAGCACCACCUGGAGUCGCAGAACGUCACUAAAGGCGCUCGGCACAAGAUCGCCCUGAGCAUCCAAAAGCUGCGGGAGCGGCAGAGCGUCCUCAGGGCACUGGAGAAGGAUAUCCUCGAGGGGGGCAACCUGUGGACGGCGCUGCAGGAGCUGCAGCAGAUCCUGGUGACCCCCAUCAAAGCCUUCCGGCCCCCCCCGGCCGCGCCCCCUCCCCCCGGGCCCCCCGACGGGGCCCCCCCCGACGCCUUCGCGCCCCCCCCGGCCCCCGGUCCCGACGCCGAGGCCCCCGCGGCACCCGUCCCCGACGGGGACAUCCCGGGGCAGUUCACCCGUGUCAUGGGCAAGGUGUGCACCCAGCUCCUGGUGUCGCGGCCGGACGAGGAGAACAUCACCAGUUACCUCCAGCUGCUCGAGAAGUGCCUGAGCCAUGAGGCGUUCACGGAGACGCAGAAGAAGCGGCUCCAGUCCUGGAAGCAGCAGGUGCUGAAGCUGCUCCGCGCCUUCCCCAAGAAGGGGCCCCUGGACGGCCCCCCCGGAUACCGGCCCCCCAAAAGUUUGGGGAGCCUUUGGUUCGGGGCCGGGGGGGGCGCGGGGGGGUCCCCCGGGAGCCGCGGGGCCGUGCAGAGGACGCACUCCCUGCCCGUGCACAGCUCGGCCCUGCUCGCCUUCCCCCAGGACGGCACAGACAAAACCUCCACCAUCUGA